AUGAGCCGGGCCCCGCGGACGGGGAAAAUGCCCGGCGCCCCCGAGGCCGUGCCGGGGGACGGGGCAGGCGCGGGCCGCCAGAGGAAGCUGGAGGCGCUCAUCCGAGACCCUCGCUCACCCAUCAACGUGGAGAGCCUGCUGGAUGGCUUAAAUUCCUUGGUCCUUGAUUUGGAUUUUCCUGCCUUAAGGAAAAAUAAGAAUAUAGAUAAUUUCUUAAAUAGAUAUGAGAAAAUUGUAAAAAAAAUCAGAGGUUUACAAAUGAAGGCAGAAGACUAUGAUGUUGUAAAAGUUAUUGGAAGAGGUGCUUUUGGUGAAGUCCAGUUGGUUCGUCAUAAGGCGUCACAGAAGGUUUAUGCUAUGAAGCUUCUUAGUAAGUUUGAAAUGAUAAAAAGAUCAGAUUCUGCUUUUUUCUGGGAAGAAAGAGAUAUUAUGGCCUUUGCCAAUAGUCCCUGGGUGGUUCAGCUCUUUUGUGCCUUUCAAGAUGACAGGUAUCUGUACAUGGUAAUGGAAUACAUGCCAGGUGGAGACCUUGUAAACCUUAUGAGUAAUUAUGAUGUGCCUGAAAAAUGGGCCAAAUUUUACACUGCUGAAGUUGUGCUUGCACUGGAUGCAAUACACUCUAUGGGUUUAAUACACAGAGAUGUGAAGCCUGAUAAUAUGCUCUUGGAUAAACACGGACAUCUAAAAUUAGCAGAUUUUGGCACAUGUAUGAAGAUGGAUGAAACAGGCAUGGUGCAUUGUGAUACAGCAGUUGGAACACCUGAUUACAUAUCACCCGAGGUUCUGAAAUCACAAGGGGGUGAUGGUUAUUAUGGACGAGAAUGUGAUUGGUGGUCUGUAGGUGUUUUCCUUUUUGAGAUGCUAGUGGGGGACACUCCAUUUUAUGCAGAUUCACUUGUAGGAACCUAUAGCAAAAUUAUGGAUCAUAAAAAUUCACUGUGUUUCCCUGAGGAUGCAGAAAUCUCUAAACAUGCGAAGAAUCUCAUCUGUGCCUUCUUAACGGAUAGGGAGGUACGACUUGGGAGAAAUGGGGUAGAAGAAAUCAAACAACACCCUUUUUUUAAGAAUGAUCAGUGGAAUUGGGAAAACAUAAGAGAGACGGCAGCUCCAGUAGUGCCUGAGCUCAGCAGUGACAUAGACAGCAGCAACUUUGACGACAUAGAAGAUGACAAAGGAGAUGUAGAGACCUUCCCAAUUCCUAAAGCUUUUGUGGGAAAUCAGCUGCCUUUUAUUGGAUUUAGCUACUUUAGAGAAAAUUUAUUAUUAAGUGACUCUCCAUCUUGUAGAGAAAAUGAUGCAGUGCAAACAAGGAAAAGUGAAGAAAGUCAGGAGAUCCAGAAAAAAUUGUAUACACUAGAAGAACACCUGAACACUGAGAUGCAAGCCAAGGAAGAGCUGGAACAGAAGUGCAAAUCUAUGAAUACUCGCCUAGAGAAAACAGUAAAGGAGCUAGAAGAAGAGAUUACCUUAAGGAAAAAUGCAGAAUCAGUAUUAAGACAGUUGGAAAGAGAAAAGGCCCUUCUUCAGCACAAAAAUGCAGAAUACCAACGGAAAGCUGAUCAUGAAGCUGACAAAAAACGAAAUUUGGAAAAUGAUGUUAACAGCUUAAAAGAUCAACUUGAAGACUUGAAAAAAAGAAAUCAGAACUCCCAAAUAUCCACUGAGAAAGUAAAUCAACUCCAGAAACAACUGGAUGAAGCUAACGCUUUGCUAAGAACAGAGUCUGAUACUGCAGCACGGUUAAGAAAAACCCAGGCAGAAAGUUCCAAACAGAUUCAGCAGCUGGAAUCUAACAAUAGAGAUCUCCAAGAUAAAAACUGCUUGCUGGAGACUGCGAAGUUAAAACUUGAAAAGGAAUUUCUCAAUCUUCAGUCAGCUCUUGAAUCUGAAAGGAGGGACCGGACCCAUGGAUCAGAGAUAAUUAAUGAUUUACAAGGUAGAAUAUCUGGCCUAGAAGAAGAUUUAAAAACUGGCAAAACCUUACUAGCAAAGGUAGAGCUGGAGAAGAGACAACUACAGGAGAAGCUCACCGAUUUGGAAAAGGAAAAGAGCAACAUGGAAAUAGAUAUGACAUAUCAACUAAAAGUUAUACAGCAGAGUUUAGAACAAGAAGAAGCUGAGCACAAGACCACAAAAGCACGGCUAGCAGAUAAAAAUAAGAUCUAUGAAUCCAUUGAAGAAGCUAAAUCAGAAGCCAUGAAAGAAAUGGAGAAGAAGCUCUUGGAGGAAAGGUCUUUAAAACAGAAAGUGGAGAACCUACUAUUGGAGGCUGAGAAAAAAUGCUCUCUAUUGGACUGUGACCUCAAACAGUCACAGCAGAAACUAAAUGAACUGCUUAAACAGAAAGAGAUGCUAAAUGAAGAUGUUAGAAAUUUGACAUUAAAGAUAGAGCAGGAGACUCAGAAACGUUGCCUUAUGCAAAAUGACCUGAAGAUGCAAACCCAGCAAGUUAACACAUUAAAAAUGUCAGAGAAGCAGUUAAAACAAGAGAAUAAUCAUCUCAUGGAAAUGAAAAUGAACUUGGAAAAGCAAAAUUCUGAACUUCGAAAAGAACGUCAAGAUGCAGAUGGGCAAAUGAAGGAGUUGCAAGAUCAACUUGAAGCAGAGCAAUAUUUCUCGACCCUCUAUAAAACACAAGUUAGAGAACUUAAAGAAGAAAGUGAAGAAAAGACUAAACUUUGUAAAGAAUUACAACAGAAAAAACAAGAAUUACAGGAUGAAAGAGACUCUUUGGCUGCCCAGCUAGAAAUCACCUUGACCAAAGCAGAUUCUGAGCAGCUGGCUCGUUCAAUUGCUGAGGAACAAUACUCUGAUUUGGAAAAAGAGAAAAUCAUGAAAGAGCUAGAGAUCAAAGAGAUGAUGGCUAGACACAAACAAGAACUUACUGAAAAAGAUGCUACAAUUGGAUCUCUUGAAGAAACAAAUAGGACACUAACUAGUGAUGUUGCGAAUCUUGCAAAUGAGAAAGAAGAAUUAAACAACAAAUUAAAGGAUGCUCAAGAGCAACUGUCGAAGUUGAAAGAUGAGGAAAUAAAUGCAGCAGCUAUUAAAGCACAGUUUGAGAAGCAGCUGUUGACGGAGAGAACACUCAAGACUCAAGCUGUGAAUAAGUUGGCUGAGAUCAUGAAUCGAAAAGAACCUGUCAAACGUGGUAGUGACACAGAUGUGCGAAGAAAAGAGAAAGAGAAUAGAAAGCUACAUAUGGAGCUUAAAUCUGAACGUGAAAAACUGACGCAGCAGAUGAUCAAGUAUCAAAAGGAGCUGAAUGAAAUGCAGGCCCAAAUAGCUGAAGAGAGCCAAAUUCGAAUUGAGCUCCAGAUGACACUGGACAGUAAGGACAGUGACAUUGAGCAGCUCCGGUCACAGCUCCAGGCCUUGCACGUUGGUUUGGAUAGUUCUAGUAUAGGCAGUGGACCUGGGGAUGCUGAGCCAGACGAUGGAUUUCCAGAAUCAAGAUUAGAAGGAUGGUUAUCACUGCCUGUGAGAAACAACACUAAAAAGUUUGGAUGGGUUAAAAAGUAUGUGAUUGUAAGCAGUAAGAAGAUUCUUUUCUAUGACAGUGAACAAGAUAAAGAACAAUCAAAUCCUUAUAUGGUUUUAGACAUAGACAAGCUGUUUCAUGUCCGACCAGUUACACAGACAGAUGUAUACAGAGCAGAUGCUAAGGAAAUUCCAAGGAUAUUCCAGAUUCUAUAUGCCAAUGAAGGAGAAAGUAAGAAGGAACCAGAAUUUCCAGUGGAGCCAGUGGGAGAAAAGUCUAAUUACAUUUGCCACAAAGGACAUGAAUUUAUCCCUACUCUUUAUCACUUCCCAACCAACUGUGAGGCUUGUAUGAAGCCAUUGUGGCACAUGUUUAAACCCCCUCCUGCUCUAGAGUGCCGUCGAUGCCAUAUUAAAUGCCAUAAAGAUCACAUGGACAAAAAGGAGGAGAUUAUAGCACCUUGCAAAGUUUAUUAUGAUAUUUCAUCGGCAAAGAAUCUGUUGUUAUUGGCAAAUUCUACAGAAGAACAGCAGAAAUGGGUUAGUCGGUUAGUGAAAAAGAUACCUAAAAAGCCUCCAGCACCAGAUCCUUUUGCACGGUCAUCUCCCAGAACCUCAAUGAAGAUACAGCAAAACCAGUCUAUCCGUCGGCCCAGUCGACAGCUUGCUCCAAACAAACCAAGCUAACUGCCUUCUGUGAAAGCAGUCAUUCAAGGUGAUCAUAUUCUUUCAGCUAAAAUAAGACUGAAAUAUGAUGGCCCAAAAUUUAUUAAAAAGCUGUAUUUUACUGAGACUGAAACACACACGUACAUAUAUAUGUUUCCUUUGCCCCUGUAAUAUAUGUUACAAAUCAUGGAGUUUUUCUGGGCUCCUUUGAAAUAAGUUGAACCAACAGUGAUUGGUUAGUAAAGGAUGUCAUGCAACUCUUCCAGAUGUUUCAUAAAGCUCUCUUGGCAGUCACUCACACUACAUUGCACAGAAGGAUUGAGAAGAGCUUAAAAGAAAUCAUCUUUUGAGUGUCAAUGAAGAGUUUUCACCAGCACAUUUACCAGAAGAACCUAGGAGUGGAUUCCACUACAGUGAUAUUGACUACAUCUUUAAGAAAUGACCAUGACAUUGUGUGUAUGUAUGUAUGUAUGUAUGUAUGUAUAUACAUAUGUCAGUUUGAUCCUCAGAUACACACACGCACACAUACAGUACUGUAAUACUGCAAGGUUUUUUUAAGCCGGGCAUGGUGGUGCACGCCUUUCAUCCCACCACUUGGGAGGCAGAGGCAGGUGGAUCUAUGUGAGUUCAAGGCCAGCCUGGUCUGGGGUAUAUAGCGAGUUCCAGGCCAACUGGGGCCACAGGGAGACCUGUCUCAAAACAAAACAAAACAAAAGUUUUUUUUUUAAACUUACCAUUUUAUUUUUUAUACACAUUAAUCAGAUAUCAUUACUUCAGUUGCAACUAUGCAUUUGUAUAAAGCCAUAAUGUUGGAGUGUAUAUCCCUCAUUCAUUUGUACCUAAUGGGAGCUGCAUGCUUGUUUAGGCAGUUACUGUAACAAGAAGCUUGAAAUGAAUUAUACCAGUUUCCUAAUGCUUAUGGCAGGCAUCUUUACCCAUUUUGAAUGCCUUAAUUUAAUUUUCUUUCCCUCAAAAUUUCAACUCUUCUGUAUUUAAGAAACAAAAGAACCAAGUGUUUACCAGCUCUUAGAAUGCAACUUG